CACGAUGAGUCAUUCCAUUGGCGAUGCAAAUAAUAAAUAUCACCUUAACUUACCAGGCACUAGUAGCCUACAAGGAAAUCUAGCACAAGGUUUGCCAACUCCAGUUUGAUGGAUUCCUGUGCAUCCCAGCAGAGGGCUGUUCCAUUGUCUGCCUUCUCUAGCAGUGCAUCUCUAGCAGUGCAGUGUUAAUCUCCCAUUGUAUGCUGUGCACACGGCAAUUGAAGAUCAAUGCCUGUAUACACAUUUGCCUACAAGGAUGAAUUGGCAGAAUUUGCAACAUAUGAUGGUGAAGAUCAUGUAGCUCACAAGUAUCUGCUUGAUCUAUCAUACUACUCUUCCAUAGAGAGUAAUAUGAUCUUUUGUGGUUUUGUUGGUCUAAGGGAUCCUCCCAGAGAAGAAGUCCACACGGCAAUUGAAGAUUGCAGAGCUGCUGGAAUACGUGUUAUGGUGAUAACAGGAGAUAACAAAGAAACAGCCGAGGCCAUCUGCCAUGAGAUUGGGGUUUUUGGCCCUCAUGAAGAUAUCAGUUCAAAAAGCUUCACAGGGAAGGAAUUCAUGGCACUUUCUGAUAAAAAGAUCUUAAGACAAUAGUGCGGCCUUCUCUUCUCUAGGGCAGAACCAAAACACAAGCAAACUUGUGAACUUUAUGUGUGAAUGCAGUAAGUCGUUAGACUGCUCAAAGAAGAUGGUGAAGUGGUUGCAAUGACUGGUGAUGGGGUGAAUGAUGCACCAGCUCUUAAACUGGCUGAUAUUGGAGUU